AUGUCUUUCAACUCGCACGAUGGCCUUUCCUCGCUCUACACGUUGGUUGAUGAACAGGGCGGCGGGAUCCUGGCGCCAUGGAUCAAGUACGCCAGAGCCUCCGGCGACUACAGCAUCCUCGAAGAAUAUCUUGACACCGCUGUAUCUUUUAUUUUCAUUUUUUCAACGGACGAGAUCGCAAAAUAUCUCAGAGCUGUCACCUUAGAAAAUAUGGUUUUUGUAGUUUUUUGUAAAUACUGGCAAAAAAAUUAAUUUUUAUUUUCGAAUUUUAGAAUCUAUAUUUUUUUCAAUUUUUGAAUCUGCAAAAACUCUUUAGGGAUCAAGAUGUUUUCACAAAAAAAGUUAGGCAAACAUUUUCUUAAUCAUUGUUUACGGAUAUUUCUCCUCAAAUUUCCAGUUCACUUCUAUAAAGUUCAAUAUUAAAGAAAAAGAAAAUCUUUUUUUACCGCCUUAUUUCAGCUCGUUCAUAAAAUUUUUAAAUUUUUGCCAGGUUAAAUCUUUCCUCUACAAUGGUGGCAAAGGAAAACUCGUGCCGGUGUCUGAGCUCAUCACCAUUCGAAACAAACAAGUUUUGUGCGAAAAAAUGUUCGAAAAAACCUGAAAGUUAAGAGGAACGCAAUGCUGUCAGCUCUCCGGAGAAAGAAAGGUCGGGGAAAGAGUGGUCCGAAUAUUUUGGAGCACAUUGAUCAGGACGCUCUUUCUUCUGGUGACUUCUUGAAAGGUAAAAGUUUCGUACUUCAAAUUUUUGAUCGAGAAAAAUUAAGCCUUGAAAGUAUUGGACGGCGGGAUGAUCAGAGGAAUACGAAGUUUUAAGUACAGAGAACUUGUCUGGGACCUGGCUCACAGAGGUAAGAACUCAAUGCUAGGGAAAAACCCCAAGAUAUUGAGGGAGAAUGGGUGAAACUCUGCUCCACGUCUGCUUGCUGAACAAUACGGCAGAUAUGAACGAACUGGCCAAGCAAAUAGUUCUGCGAUAUCCUAAAAUAGUUAAUGAUAUUUUCAUAUCUGAAGAUUACUACGGUCCGUUUGGAAAAACAAACAAGCUUAUUUUUCCGACCUUCAGGACUUUCUCCUCUUCACCAAGCGAUAGUCAACGAAGAUCUCGAAAUGGUCUAUUUCCUUUGUAAAAAAGGAGCCGACGUUCAUCAAAGAUGCUAUGGAUCAUUUUUCUGUGCAAAUGACCAAAAAGCCUCGCGGAGCGACUCCUUGGAACACGAAUGGGUGGAUCUUAUGCAGAACACAAAAUACAAUGGGUGAGUUUUGAAGCUAUUGUCAAAAUUUCUGAAAUUUAGUCAGAUGUAUUGGGGAGAAUAUCCACUGUCGUUUGCCGCCUGUACCAAGCAAUUGGACUGUUUUCGACUUCUUCGAGCAAUGAAGGCAGAUCCUAACAUGCCCGAUACGAACGGAAACACAGUACUUCAUCUUACAGUAAUCCACGAUCUACCUGUGAGAUUUUCAUUAUGAAAAAACAAAAAAAAUUUCAUUUUCAGGAAAUGUUCCAGUUGGCCCUAGAAUUAGGAGCGAAUCUUCACUUCAAAAACAACCUCAAAAUAACUCCGUUGGCUUUGGCUGCGCGAAUGGCUAAUAAAAGAGUUUUUCAUCAUCAACCACUUUCAAAAGCGUUGAAUUUCAGAUGUUUGAUCUUAUUCUGGAAUGCGACGUGGACUUGGUCUGGAGGUAUGGGAAAGUCGUAUGUAAGGCCUAUCCGAUGGCAGAAGUUGACACGAUUCGGGAAAGAGACGGAUCUCUCAACACGAAUUCCGUCUUAGCCAAUGUCGUUUAUGGAGUUGGACGAAAAGACAGAUUUUUAACAAAGAAAUUGUUAAGGACAACCCAGACCACCUUGAGUUUUUUGAUGGUUUGAUUGAGCAAGUAUUAGAAAGCAAAUGGGAAGCUUUCGGUCGAAAACGGUGCUAUUUCCAAUUUGUAUCAAUAUAUUCAGAAGUUCAGGCUGUUCAUUUCUUUAUUUGGAUAUGUCUACUUUAUGGCUGUAUUUUACAUGGCUUUUAUGACAAGAGAUAUUCAAUUACUGGUAACUUCUUUUCUGAGUAUAGACUUUAAAAUGAUUUUUAAUUUCGAACUGAGCCGUUUUUGUCGCGUUUUGGUGUGAUAUCAAAAUGUGACGGCCAAAAAACCCAAAUUUUCAGCAUCACGACGACAAAAUCCCAAGCGAUAGUGAUGACGACAACAUUGUAUCGGAUUUUGUCAACGACUCUGAAAUCCUCAGCACCGGCUUAUCGUUACGCGAGCAGAUUGCCAUAUCUAAACACGUUUUCUAUCGAGAGCCGCUUCCCGCCCACUGCCAUUUGCUUGAUUAUUCUUCGAAAAAACAGCAGGAAAACGAUUUGAUCACAAAAUAAAAACCAAGAAAAUUUUUUAUAGAUUCGGCUAGUGAGCGAAGUUCUUUGUCUUUUAGCCGUCUUUGUCAGAACCUACAAAGAUCUUAUUGACGCUAAUCAGGCGGGAUUCAAAAGAUGGUGGAACACAACGGUCGUUAUAAAAUUAUAGAAAUCAGUUCAUCAACUUUUUCAGAGAGCUUUUCCUGAAAAGUUGCUCCACAAAUUCAGCCAAGUUCUCGUCCUUUGCACAGUUCCAUUACGCUUAGGCUGCUAUCUCAAUGAAAAUAUGCUCGUUCUCGAAAAUUUCCUAGUUCUUGCGAUCGUUUUCAUGAGCUCUUUGCAUUUCCUCUUUUAUUGCCGGUAAGAAAAACAUGAUUUUUGAAAUCCAAAUAAAAUCAUUCAGGAGUCUCAAAUUCGUCGGUCCAUUCGUUUUGAUGGUGUACAAAAUUAUAGCGGGCGAUAUGAUCCUCUUCCUAAUGAUUUACUCGGUUUUUAUCCUGGGAUUCUCACAAAGUAAAUUUGCAUGCUGGAAAAUAUUUAUUCAAACAUUUGCAGCCUUUUUUGUCAUUUUCACAUCAUGUGAAGGGGCGGAAAAUGAUUUCAGAAGACUGCAUAAUCUCACAGUGGAUGAAGAUUAUGAUGAGAAGUUUCUUAAAUUUUUUAUCUCUUGUAAAAAAUAUUUUUGGGUUUGUGAAUAUUCUAUCUUCUGGGUGGGAAGCCAUUAUGAGGAUGUUCAUCAUGAGCGUUGGAGAGUUUGGAGCUUUUUACAAAGAACUAAACGCCUGCAAGAGCGGAAUAGCCACACAAGCAAAAGUAUGUGUUCACUGAGAACAUCCUACUCUAAUUUUAAACUUACAGCUUCUUUUUGUCGUGUUUGAGCUUUUGGUGACUGUCAUGUUGCUGAACCUUCUGAUCGCGAUGAUGACACGAACUUAUGAGAAAAUUGCGGAAACUGAGAAGGAAUGGAAGCGACAGGUUUGUAGACAGCAUGAACAAUGUUCUAGUAGUUGAUAAGUCUUUGUUUAGGUUUUGGGAGAAAACUUUAUAAGAUGCAAAAAAUCAUAGCGGCAAAAGCCGCUCGAAAAAUUUUCGAGAUAUUUAAAAAAAAAUCUUCGUCAUAUAUAAGCCCUUAAAAAAAUAAUAUGUUCGCUUUAUUUUUGUCAGUGGGCACAAGUGAUUCUGAUGUUGGAACAGUCUUUGUCGGCUUCUGAACGUCUCCUCGCCCUGUAUCGUUACACCCGACCCGUUGGUUCUGACAAGAGAAUCAGGGCUUUCGUGGUGAGAUCCAAGACACUCGUAAGUUCUUUAUAUCAUCUUCGAAAAAUUUUUCGAUUUUUGAAGAUCGACGAGUCCUCCACCGUUACCAGCGUCUCCCAUCGCAAGAAAAAAGUAUCCGUCCGUGUCUCGGACAACAAUUUGAAUCUUUUGAAUGUGCCACAAACUUGA